UCCACGGUAGGCGAUGCGGGAAGGUUGGAGAAGACGGGGGGAGAGUCGGAGACUUUGGGGGUCAUGGAGACCGGGAAGCCCUUCAGACGGACUCGGACCCGCAGCUGUGAAGUUGUCGCUGCACGGAGGAGAAUGAAGACUCAUUUUAAAAUAAGAAGUUCCCGCUGUGUGUCCCCCCGUCUGUGUGAGGCAGAGGUGAGUCAGAGGGAGGCAGGUGAGGGAGAAGUCUCUCUGUGGACUGACACUCAUUACUAUGAUCAGAUCUUACCCUGAAAUAUUCAAAUAAAACCUUUCAAUUAUUUUAUUUUUUAUUUUAAACCCAGACAGAACCCCCCCCCCCAAAUGUUUUGUUCUUGUAAACUUAAUUAUUUGAUAUAAUAGAAAAGUUAUUAAUAAAUAUAAGAUCAUAAAUUAAAAAAAUACCACCAUGGUGAAAGAGUGGCCUUACAGUAAGGAGGUCACUGGUCGGAUUUCUACUCUCUUCAUAUAAUUGUCUUUUCGUCGUCAGUCUGACGAUGCUGCGUCAACUUUUCUUCUUAUUUCUUCUCAGCUGCAGCGUUGGCGGUAACGGUGGAGGAACCGCUGGGCGACCGUCUCAGUAUGUCCUAACGACAGCCACGCCUUCAGGAAUGGAUGCGAAGAACGUUACGACGGUCAUUGACGGAGGGUUUUUGGAGGAGGUGCCGUCCAGACGCGUGCUGACCGCCUGCUUCCUGUCGCUGCUCAUCCUCACCACCUUACUGGGCAACACCCUGGUUUGCGCAGCUGUCACCAAGUUCCGUCACCUUCGCACUAAAGUGACCAACUUUUUUGUCAUUUCCCUGGCGGUGUCGGACCUCCUGGUGGCCGUCCUGGUGAUGCCGUGGAAGGCCGUGACAGAGAUCGUCGGCUUCUGGCCGUUCGGCUCCUUCUGUGACACCUGGGUGGCGUGUGACAUCAUGUGCUCCACAGCCUCCAUCUUGAACCUGUGUGUGAUUAGCCUGGACCGGUACUGGGCCAUCUCCAGCCCCUUCCUCUAUGAAAGGAAGAUGACCCCCAAAGUGGCCUCCGUGAUGAUCAGUGUAGCCUGGACACUCUCGGUUCUAAUUUCCUUCAUUCCGGUGCAGCUAAACUGGCACAAGGCUCAAACUAAGGCUUACAGCCCCCACGUGGUGUCACCCAACCCUUUGGAAUUAAACACAACAAUUUACCAGAGUCCAGAAAACUGUGACUCCAGCCUUAACAGGACCUACGCCAUCUCAACAUCUCUGAUAAGUUUCUACAUCCCCGUGGUCAUCAUGGUGGCCACCUACACCCAGAUCUACCGCAUCGCCCACAAACAAAUCCGAAGGAUCUCUGCGCUGGAGCGAGCGGCCGAGAGUGCGAAGAACAGGCACGACAGCAUGGGCGGAGGUUCCAGCAUCGCCGAGUCCGAGAGCUCCUUUAGACUGACGUUCAAGAGGGAGACCAAAGUGCUGAAGACUCUGUCGGUCAUAAUGGGGGUGUUCGUGUGCUGCUGGCUCCCCUUCUUCAUCCUCAACUGCAUGGUGCCCUUCUGCGAGCCGUCGGACGGAGGGCGGACGUUUCCCUGCAUCAGCCCCACGACCUUUGACGUGUUCGUCUGGUUCGGUUGGGCCAACUCCUCCCUCAACCCCAUCAUCUACGCCUUCAAUGCAGAUUUCCGUCGGGCCUUCUCCAUCCUGCUGGGCUGUCACAGACCGUACCGAGGAGGCCAGGACGUGGAGACGGUCAGUCUACACAAGCAGUGACUCCUUGCUGCGCCGCUGCCUUGAUGCUGCCCUAAUGCUCACCUGUAGAGGGCAGUCACAUCAACUCUCUGUGCUAACUCAGUUAGUGCGGCAAAAUAACCCUGUGACCCAACGCGUACGUCUGUUUGUGCUGAGAGGUGAGGAGAUGUGAAAGAGUUUUUCAUGUUGCUUCAACUGUGUGUGGACGGAAGAAGCUUCUGGAACCUGGAAAUGAGGUCAUCGAAGAAAGAAAACUAGUCCCUCGUCCCGUCAGACGCUCAGUUUCUACUUACACCAACACAGCUGUUGUCACAACAACAGCCGCUGCAGUUAGUUACAGCGAACUAUUAGGUCUCUGUUGUGUUUGCUCUCUGGACUGAUCCAGCCUCCAACCAAACUCCAGUUCAACACAGAGGACAGAUCAUCCAUCAGCAAACUGUUAUUUAUGUCUCGUCCUUGUUAUUUAUACCCCACUGAAAUGUGAGCAAAUCAUUGUAGCGGUAAAUCAAACCUACUCUACAGACACACAAUACAGGACCUGUCCCUGCCUGAGGUGUUUUAUGGAUGAGUGUCUCAGAUCACGUCUUGUAUUUUUCAUUGACAACAGCUGAUGGCUUCAGUGUGUUCCCCGACAUGUUCUGUCGACGACCGCUCACAUACGACUUGUUACGGUGGAAUACAUUCAUGAUUUUCUUCCAACCAGUGAAUUUACUGUAGAACGUUUUGACCGGGGAGGUCACGAUUAUGGAGAAUUAUUGUCACAAUAUUAAGAUUUUUACGCAUCGAUUGAUUUCACAACACUAUAAAUGUGUACAAUCACAUGACCUCUCCUUGUUGAUCUUCAAGUUUCCUUGAUUUCGUUGCCAACAUAACAAACCUAUAUAGCAACAAGGCAAGUACCCAAAUGGUGAAAACAAUAACAACAACGAUCCCAUAAUGUAACGAAACAAAAAUCACCAGCGCUCUGUAAGCAGUUAGUUAGCAGUUAGCAUGAUAAAAUAAAAAUGUAUUUCUGUCAGGAAUCAGACGUGAAGACAGAACCUCUCAAUCACACUAAAUAAUUACAUCACUAAUUAUUUGGACCAAUCAUCAACUGACAUCUAUACCAGAUGUUUACGUUUAUUUGAAUGGUUUAGUGUUUGUGGCCACAUAUAAAACUAAUCUAUUUUUUAUUUAUUUAUUAUUGUUUGUUUAUUUUAUGUUUAAAUUACAAUGACAGACACAAGGACUGGAAUCACCAGCACGGCGUUAACUCACAGAUGGGAUAAAGCUAAAGGAGCUAAAGCUAACCGUUGACUACAGCGUGUUGUACUCGUACACAAUGCAUUUCAAACGGCACCAGCUAGCAUUUAAUUUCCCACCAGUUCAAUGUUACGUUACUCGCGUGAUUUGAGGCAGUUACUGUGAAUGAACCUUUACAAAGGCGGGUGGUUGUCCCGCGGCUGAUGACACAUGUUGGAGCGUUUUCCUCCUUUCUUCUGUUAUGUUGCCAGCUGGCAACUCAUAAACCACCAGGACAUGUGAUCAUUUUUCUUUAGGCUAAAUAAUCUCACACCUCUGUCAGUUACAGGGACGGGAAACAAACACAACACACACGGGUGUUUGAGUUGCUAACUAUAGUUCCAGCAUAUUAUUGUAACAUCCCUUUGUUUUAACCACUCUUUCAGGUUUAGCCAUAAUUCUUACAGAUGCUAAUUUAUAUUUGACUCUACAGAUACAAAGACUGAUGUUGACAUGUGAUAAAGUGGGCUGUGACCCACACAGAGUGAGUAGAAAAGAAAUGGCACAGACAACUCUUCACCAGCAGAACCAAAGUCGGAGUGGAUUAUUAUAAUUCUGAGGUGGAUUAUCUGAUCACAGAUUGUCUGGUUACUGUGUCUCAGGAUACGUAUUUUUAGCAACGUCACGUGUUCCUGCUUUUUAUUGUUUUAAGCCUGUUUGAAUCCCUGUCCUCACUCUGUCCUCACUCUGACAUCACUCUGACAUCACUCUGACAUCACUGCGGGAAGUCACGACACUGACCAGACAACAGUCACUACUGACCAGAUUACAGACACUACUGACCAGACUACAGACACUACUGACCAGACUAGACACUACUGACCAGACUACAGACGCUACUGACCAGACUACAGUGAAUACUGACCAGACUACAGACACUAUUGACCAGACUACACUCACUACUGACCAGACUAGACACUACUGACCAGACAACAGACACUACUGACCACACAACAGUCACUACUAACCAGACUACAGACACUACUGACCAGACUACAGACACUACACUCAGAGCUGAGCUUCAACAGGGUUUAAUACCCUCCAUGUCUACGGGAAGGUCUGAGAAGAAACUGUGAUCAGACUGUGAUUACUCUGUGCUCAACAGGUGGUUCUGGUUCUGUUGUGUAACAGUUUACAACAUCAGAGGAAUGGUUCUCCUUAGUCACGUGAUAAUAUGUGGAUCAACAGCUAAAUAAAAUCACGAUAAACUCCCCC